AUGCACGAGCUGUUGCUAUUCGCCUCGGUCCCUAUACACCAACAUGCUGAGCUCCUUCAACAGCUGGCUGGCCUUACGGCUAUGCAACCUCGCCACUGCUAUGAACGUCGUCUGAUCUUCAAGGCUUAUCGCAAACCCGGCGUGGCCAAUGCCCGCGUCGGCGCCAGUCAAGAUCUGCAGUCGGGGGACCUGCAGCGCGUGAACAAGAUGUUGAACGGUGGCAUGUUCUACACCCAGGUCGUUGGUCCCAUCCAGUCCACCGACUUUGCAGACCCCUCUGUAACUGCAACCGCCAAUGCGAAUCCGGAUCCGAAUCCGAAUGCCAGCCCGCUCGACCCCGAUACCGAUACCAAGAUGGAUGGCAUGGACUCGGACUCCAACAUCCCCCGGUCAGCAUAUGAUUUUGAUCAGCAGUCCUGGCAGCUGGAGUUCAGAGAUAUUCCCGAAGCAGGUACUCGGUCCGCGGUCACGUCCCGAGUCAUGGCGACCGCCGCCCUCCCGCGCGGAGACAUCGUGCCAUCCAUGAAUGCGUGGGGCUAUAGCUUCGUAACCGAGUAUCUCGUCGAGGGUGACAUGUUCAUACACAACGACAUCGUCAUCAAUCUCCACCGCGUCCUCCAUUACCCAACCAUCCCCGGCGAGGAGACCCAGCCCCGUCACCAGAUACCAGCGCUCCAGCAGAUGGCUCCACUGGAGAAGAGCGGGAGUUAUGUCCUGCAGGCAUCCAUGACGGUCCACGACGGCAGUAAUCAGGAGACAAUGAAGACGGCGUCGCAGCACUUGUUUGGGUUGCGCGAACAACUCAAGUCGGCCGUUCGACUGGAAAUGGCCGAUCGAUUGUCACUGGAUACUCGGGUUAAAUAG